AUGUCGCGCUCAGACGGUGCGGAUAUGUGGCCAGUGAUGGAGGCCAUGUCCAAAUCAGCAAUCGAGGAGAUGGUGGAAAACGCGUUCAAAAGCGCCGAUUUGGACAGGGAUGGGACGAUUUCGUUUGAAGAAUUCAAAAAAUGG